AUGGAUGCACUGAAUGAGCUUCUGACCUGUCCUGUGUGUAUGGACCUUUUCCACCCCCCUGUGCUGCUGCUCUCCUGCUCCCACAACUUCUGCCAGCAGUGCCUAGAGCUGGUAUUGGUGGGGCAGAACUGCACCAGCAACCAAGGGCAGUUCUGCUGUCCCUUGUGUCGGAAGGUAAGAGCUUGGACUCUCCUGCCUCCUGAGGCAGCAGAGGUUUUUCAGGUCAUUUAUUUGAAGGAAAGAGGAAUUAAAGAAUUGCAGAGGAACAUCCUGGCUGAAAACAUACUGGAAAAGUUCAAGGAAGAACGUGAGAUCCUCCACACCAAGGAGCAAAAUGAGCUAGCUCAAAUGUGUGAAAAACACGGAGAAAUCAUGAAUCUGAUAUGCCUAAGUGAAGAAGAACCAAUCUGUGGAACGUGCAAGCUCUUUGGGGACCACAAAUUGCACCAGGUGGCUAAGAUUUCUGACACCUGUGCAGAGAGGAAGAUAAGCCUCGCCACUGAUCUCCAGCUAUUGCUACAGGAAUCUGAUCGCGCAGCACAGGCCAUACGGGACACAGAGCAACUCAUGUGGGCCCUCUCCAGCAAUGCAACUGAUGUGCAGGCCAUGUUAGACACCAUUGGAGACAGUCUGCUCAGCGGCAUCAGCAGGCGUUUGGCUGCCUUAAGGCAGCAAUUGGAGCAGGAGCUCGACUCCAAGCUGGAGAAGUUACAGCUGGUGGCCAAUGAACAGCGUGCCCCGCAACAUCUCUACCAGCAGAUGAAAGGACUGCUGCAGCAUCCCGGGAAUGAUGUGCAAUUUCUCCAAGAACACAAAAGGCUCAAGGCAGAAAUGGAGAGACUUGUAGGGAACAGUGUGGUCCCCCAGGUCCCUCCCAAGGACAGUAUCUCCAUCAGGCACUAUUAUCAAGAGCUCAUCAAGGGCAUAGAUAUCCGUGCCUUUAUGCUCCCUGAUAAUGAUAUUAUGGGAACUUCACCUCACUCCAUCUUAGAAGGUUGGUGGGACAGUUCCUUUGUCUGGAUGAACAAAAUGAAAAAGAGGUCAGCCACCUGUACAAAAUCAGUCAGCACAUGGGAGCAACAUGGAUUCUGA